CCGGAAUACGGACCUUGAAAUGAUCCGCAUUUCAUCACGGUGCGCACCAGAGCGAGCAGUGGCCCACGCGGCAAGCCUGCCGGAUGAAGCCUCACUCCGGGACCGUUCCGGGAACCCGACCACUGAGAAGUGCGCGAACUACGCUGUACCGCCCAAUCACCAUAUUGAGACCAUCGGACACCAUCCUGCACUGAACGGCUCCGGCAUUCCUUGAGUGGCUCCCCAAAGCAGCGUGACUCAUCAGCCACGCAUCAAGCCGGGGUCCCGGCAUCCUGGGAACAACACCUUACAUGGAUUCUCGACGGAACACAGCUGCAGAGCCUCCACCGAUCGAUCCCGUUUCCUGUUCCAUCUCUUUGCGCAUCAUCUGCUG